AUGGCUGUCAAUAAUGAAGUUAAUGAGUAUACUUUUGAAGAAGAUUUUUAGAUUUUGGAAAUUCCUUAAUUAUUAAGAUAGAAUGGAGUCUACAUCAUUAAUCAAGAGAAUCAUGGCUAUUUAAUAUUGGAUAAACCAGUCGACAGUAUAUUUGAAGAAGAAAAAUGUCCAAUUUGUUUCGAAUCAUCAAAUUAGUUAUAUCCUUUAAAAUGUGGACAUACUUUCUGCUAGUAUGAUAUAGAAAAAAUGAUUGAAAUUUCAAAAUUAUCCUAAAAUUUGAUCUAGUGCCCUUUAUGCAGAGCAUAGUAAAAUUUGGAUUCAUAUGAUGAAGUUUUAAAAUUUCAGUAACAAAAUAUAAAGAACUCCCAAAAAUUGGAUUUUUAAAAUAUAUAUAAAUGA